AUGUCGCAGAUACUUCCUUUCACAGAAGCAAACACGAGACGAGUAUCGUCGUUGUUCCGCCAGGCGAUGCGCACGGCGUUUGACCAUGCGUUGAGGUUCGACUUGUAUCGUCAAGCGACCCAGGAUAUCCGGGCCCAGUUUGAGGCCAAUCGAGAAGUGUCCGACCCUGAGGAGUUGGAAAGGAUUAUUGGCGCCACGAGGGCCAAGUUGAGGGAGUGGAAGCAUCCUGACCCGUAUAUCCCUCCUUGCAGACCUGGUGGAACUAAGUACCAGCGGAAUAUCCCUGUUGCUCGUGAGCCUUUGGUUCCUGGUGAUUGGUAG